AUGUACUAUUUUGUGAUUUCUUCGUUUGUCUUGUCGUCUCUUGUUUCAACAAUUUUAACUGGAGGAUUUCUAGUCCUUUGUUUUAUUUUAUGGAGUCGGUUUAAACAGAUGAUAUUAUUUUGGUUUCUCACACAACUAACUUUUUCUGUAUUCGUUAUGUCAUUUCUGAAUGUUCUGAUAAAUGUUCCAGCAACGUUAUUUGCAAUGAUAACAGAGUCAUUUGUUCAGUCGGCUCCUUUCUUUUACAUGUCCUGUAUUAUUGAUUUCUGUCAUAAUUCUAUACUCUUCUCGAACUUGACAAUUGCAAUUCAUAGAAUGUUUGUAUUCCUUUUUGCAAAGGCUACGGGAAAAGUAUUCAACAAGAUCCAUGAUGUUGAGUAAUUGUAGAUAUGAAUAUGAUGAAAAGUUGAAGCAUUACUUUUUACAAUGCACAACACCAACAGGAAUUAUUAUACAAAGUGCACCUACCGUAAUCCAAGUUAUAGAAAUAGUCCAACAAAUUCUUGUGCCAAUAACUAUUUUGGCAGUUUACACUUCUGUAAUUAUUCGAAUGGUUUUAAUCAAGAAAUCUGCUUUGAAUAGUUAUGAAUUGACCAUUCUCAAACAAGCGAUUUUAAUAUUUUGUCCGUUCCAAAUCUCUUCAUCAGUCUUCCUUCUAUGCCAAACGGUGAAGUUCGAACUCGCGAUGGCUUUUAUGAUUAAACGGAUCAUCAAUACGGCAGAAAUUCUUGCUGGAGCUGCAACACCAUGUUUCUUUUUCUUUACUUCCAAAGAAAUGAAGAAGCUUGUUUCAGCACGAGUUGCUUUUUCGAACGGAACAAUCAAGAUCAAAUCUUUUGCAUCUAAUUCAGUUCUUCAAAAUAUGAAACAAACUUUGUGA